AUGGCUCCUAGUGCUGUUCAAAAGUUCCGCCCAGUCGUCAUCUCCGGCCCCUCGGGUACUGGAAAGUCGACACUCCUCAAGAGACUCUUCGCCGAGUACCCUGACACAUUUGGGUUCUCUAUCUCCCAUACCACUCGCGCCCCCCGCGCCGGCGAGAAGGACGGCCGCGAAUACAAUUUCACUACCAAGGAAGGAUUCCUCGACCUCGUCGCACAAAACGGAUUCAUUGAACAUGCCCAGUUCGGGGGCAACCACUACGGCACUAGUGUGCAGGCUGUGAAGAACAUUGCCGAGAAGGAGAGAAUCUGUAUCCUCGACAUUGAAAUGGAGGGUGUUAAGCAGGUGAAGAAGACCGACCUCAAUGCCCGGUUCUUGUUCCUUGCGCCGCCUUCUUUGGAAGAGCUGGAGAAGCGCCUACGGGGCCGGGGCACCGAGACCGAGGAUAGCUUGCAGAAGCGAUUGGCGCAGGCGCAUAACGAGCUUGAGUACUCUAAGCAGGAAGGUGCUCAUGACAAGAUUGUUGUCAAUGAUGACCUCGAGAAGGCGUACGUAGAGCUGCGCGAUUGGGUCGUUGACGGUGGUCGUUUUGGAGCAUCGCAAUAA